AGUCUUUGUAUCUCUUCUAGAGCUGGUUUGGGGAACAUUAUAUUACAUGUUAUUGUGAUAUGCUUUGGAUUUUGCCUUCAUUUGUAGUCUUUCUAACCUACAGGUUCCUUCUUUUCUGUGAUUGGGCUUGGCCAUUACAUAUGCCCUGUUUGCAAUGUUGUACUUACAACUAUACUUGAGUACCAGUCCCACAUGCAAGGAAAAAAGCACAAGACCAGUUUAUGCAGAGCGACAAAGAUUCGCAGUCUCACAAAGAGAUCAAAGAAAACUUACUACUCCUUUCAAGCUCAGGAAGCUACAUGUCUUGAGGAAAGAAUGGAUUUGAGAAUAGCAGAAGUGUUUCAAGAUGGAAACCUUGAUGAGGCUAAGCCUUCAGCCUUUAUCUGUGAACAAGACCAGCAUUCCAGCCUUUUCUCAGAAACCCAAACACCUACAAAUACUGGGAAAAAGAGAUCACCGAGUUGCUCAUCAGCUUGUGAGCAUGCACAAGAAAAUACACCAAACUGUCAGUAUAACACAGCACACUGUAUAGAAGGGCAAGCAUUUGAGGCGGCUGCCAUCACAGAUGGCCUUGGUCUGUCAGCUGUAGAAUCUAAAGAGUAUUGCAAACUUGUGCUCGCUGAAACGUUUAGCAUCUCCUACGGUAAAGAACAGAACCUUCAGGUAGAAUAUACUGAGGGAAAAAAAUACAUCAGUGAAGAGUUGAAGUGUAAGAAAGAAGACUCAAUACUGAAAAGAAAGGAAGAUAGUGAAGGUGCAGAUUUGGAGAAAGAAAGAAAGAAACAAAAGCGAAUUAAACUUGAUGUAGACUUAGUAAAUGAGAAGAAAUCAAGACCUAAUAAAGAUGAAAGGCUUAAAAAAAAAACUGCUAAGAAACAGAGGAAAAAGCGCGUAAAGAAUCAACAGAUGUCCCAGAUAGAGAUCAAAACAGAGGCAUUUUGGGAGGACUCUGACUUUAUGUUCUGGUGAGGGUUUUGAUUAGCUUCAUGAGCCUGCUCAAUUUGCAGAUUACCUUUACUAUUUUGUAUCAUACCAUGGCUGUUGUGGUUUUUGUUGGUUUAUUUGUGGUUGUUGUUGUUUUUUAAGCAAAGUUGGGGUUUUCUUGGAAGUGAGAAAAAGUCUGUCUUCUGAAAAUGGUUGGUAAUAGGCAUGCAUCAGUUUUUAAUUAUGUUACCCGUACAACAGUCAUUGUAGUGAUGCAAAAUUGAAAGUAUGAAGGCUCUUCUUGAAAAUACCUCAAACCAAGGGUCAGCAGCUUAAGAUAUGUAAGGGCACUGCAUUGUUCCCAGCAAAGCCAUAUCUGUAACCUUUCCACUGAGUGCUUUUAAAGGAGAGUGAGGAAGGCUUUUGAUCCCAGAAUAAAGCUAGAUUUGUGACUCAGUGCUCUGAAGAACCAGCAACGCUUUGCAUUUGAAAUAGUGUCACCAGACCUUCCUUCAUAAUACAGGUUUGCAUUGUUGUGGCGUGUAGAACAUAUGUAGGACAUCAGUUCAUGUAUUUAAAAGCAAUGUCACAAGACACCAUUUAGUAACACUCAGUGCCUUCAGGUUGCAGAAAAGCUUUUCCGUAGCCUUGAUGUGGGUCUGAAAGCCAUUAUGUUGUCAGGUUGCACCACUGGGUAGUCUGUUUGUAGAGGCACCUGUGCUGAGCUGCUGCUUUCAGCAGCUCUGCCCAACUGAAACUUUUUGUUGUGGCUUGUUGUAGUGUGGGAUGGGGUAAAGACCAAGGCCCUCAAGCCUUGAAUUGUCUGGUUUGUUUUAGUCUUGCAUUAAAAAGUUGUUUCAAAAGCCUUGAGAAGAAUAUAGUGUGGGCUUUUGGUGUGUUAUUUCUUAUAAAUUUGUUUUGUGGUUGGUUGCAAUCUUGGAUUUAGGUUUCUGGUUAUGAAGUUAUAAAUCUGAGUGGUCAAGUAAGGCCAUGAUGUGGUAUAUUCUGCAUAUACAAAAGAAAAAGCUCUGUUGAAGGGGAAUAAGUGUCAGUUUACUUUUCAGAUUUUCAGAUAAGACGUGCGGUGUUGGAAGUCAGGAGGAGAUUAGCAGCUCUGAUAAUAUAGCAAAAGCAUCAUUUGGGAGUUGAUUUCUAUCGGUGAUCGCUUCCAAAUCUGUAUUUGAACUCCACGCUGCCCUACCUGGAAAAAAGUACAAGCUACAUGUAGGACACAUGCACAUGCUACUCUAAACGUAACUCUACAACUUUCUUGGCAUCAAAGAUAAUAAUAAGAUCCUGAAAGAAGUACUCUUGCUGUAUUUUGGUGAAACAUGAUUAAUCUGUUAUGUAAAUGCUGCAAACAGGACGUAGCAAAUUCUCAUCUAGCAGAAGCAUACAAAAAUACAGCCCGAAUUUAGAUAAGUAAUGUUCAUUUUUCUGAAGUCAUCUGGUUAUGUGUUUCCUCACUGUCUUGUUCUUAGCCUUUAACGUUAGUUGAUGAUAAUUAUUUUCAAGCCUAGACAUUUAAAAAUUCUAGGCAUAUAUGUUGAUGGCUUUAUUUGCCCUUUACUGUAAAUGUCUUUUCUUUUUCCUCUUCUUAGCAGCAGAGGAAUCUGCAUUGGAAGCUGAUUCUGUUCAUCUCUUAUUAAAUUUAUCUGUUCUGAUUUGAGAAACAAACUGAGUCAUGGAUCUUU